AUGGAGCAAAAGACUAGUGUGGUGCAAAAGCCACCCCGUACAUCGCGAGAAUGUGACAGAUGUCUCAGCCAGAAACUCAAGUGUGACGGCGCACAUCCUUGUGUGCUCUGUACUCGCGCCGGGGAUAAAUGCGAGACAACCCAGCGCAGAGCGAGACGGACCCGCGGACAAAAUCCAAGGGGCAGACGUCGACAUAUGAAUUCUGGAGUACACAGAGCAAUCGCACCAGCGCCACCGAAAGAUUCUAACUCGAUCCAUGGUGCUGGAGUAGCUGAAACAGCUUCUGCCCCAGAGAGCUCAACUUCCUAUCCGGAACACCCUCCGAAAGAGCUGCCUCCCGGUGCUAAUGCCUCCUAUCCGGAAGGCUCUCCGGAAGAGCUGCAGUCUGGUGCUAAUGGUUUCGCGAUUGACUUCGCCAGACAAGUCUUCAACGAGGAAGAGGCUGGCCGGACUCUGACCGGUGCAUCGAUCCCUAUCCCUGAUGAUACGGAAGCUCCUACGUUGGACAACUCAUUAUGGCAUCAUCCGACAGAGGUAGAGCUUCCCCCGGAGGCCGUGAUAUUAGCCUUGGUUGACGUCUAUUUCGACCGUAUGCAAUGGUUUAUCUUGCUGCUUCACGAGCCCUCGUUCCGGCAGACUGCACGCAGGAUAACUUCCCAGACUGUUUGGAGACGCCAAGAUCUCAGUACUACCAUGCUUGUCCUGGCAGUGGCUAUGAUCGGGCUGCAUUCGGUCUUACCAGAUGAUAGAUGGCCUGGGCAUGAAUUGUUGCGAGAAUACUCCGUUGACGGGGAGAAGUUGAUGCACUAUUUGAACAAUGAGAUACAACGGAAUCUACUUGAUAUCUCAAUCGAUUGUCGAAUCGAAGCUGUCCAGGUUUGCCUCCUGGUUUCCUCCUAUUAUAUUUACCAUAGAUCGCCGAGUCUUGCUUGGACUGUCUCUGGUAUGGGUGUGAGGUCUGCCUAUGCCCUUCAUCUUUAUACGAAAUCAGUCCAAUAUGAAAGUCCAGUUGUGGAUGAAAUUCGCUCUCGUUGUUGGAACCAUGCUAUUUCCAGCGACACGUUUGCGUCUGUCAUAUAUGGGAGACCUUGUUCUAUCGACACUGAGCUUGUCGCUUUGCAUUCGCCCAGAGAAAUGGACGACCUAGCCAUUGAUCCACUUCUGCUGAAAAAUGAAUGGAUAUUUGGCGAUGGGAUGCCAAAAACGACAGCUGGAUUUUUCGCUAUGAAAUAUGAGAUCUACAACAUCAUUCGAGACAUACUUUCACGGUUUCGUCGUCUUCAAUUGAGAAAAGAGACAAUAGAAGAGGACCUUCUGGCACUUGUGGAAGCUGCACAAGACUCAGAGGAACAAUUAGUUUCCUGGAGGAAAAGGGUUCCUCGGCUGUUUGAUUUCGAGUUUUGGAGCUGCGACAAUCGCCUAGAGCAGUUCCAACGGCAAAUCGAAAUGUUACCGCAACGCACUAAAUAUCAAGCAGAAACGAUCAUCUUGCAGGCGGCAAUACUCCAACUAACAUACGAUGGAGCUCUGAUACAAGCCCAUCGACCUUUACUUGAGCAGAAAAUCACUAGUUCUUGCUCGCGCUUGGUGGUAGACGCAAUCCACGAGUCGUUCCGGGUGGCCACUGCAGCUGCACUACGAAUAUCUCACAUUCCGGUCCUCCGUUUCAAGCAUCAUUUCGCCGAAUCCUUCGCCUCCCUACAGCAAUUUACUGCAGGAGUCAUCCUUUGCAUCCUGCCAACUAGUCAACCUUUUACUUCAGCUGCACACGAGGCCAAGGCUGGAAUCAUACGUAUUAUCCAUGCUAGCUCAGCUUUCGGGCCCCGCAAUCGCAUUGCCAAGCAGACCGUACAGCUUCUGACAGAGUUGCUGAAAGUAACUGUCGAUCGAGAGAUGUCCAGCGCCUUGAGACGCGGGGUGGAAACAAUUAUUCCCAGGCGUAUAUCUGAGAGGGGUUCCAUUCUGAAUGCGCAGCCGCGUAUAGACCAUACAAGGAGUCAUUCACUAUCCUCACGAGAUGUCUCCCUCGAUCAUUCUUCAACGUCGACAAUCCACGCACUGCCCCAGGCAAUACACGACCAUAGUAGGGUAAACGACCGAAUAGCCCAAGCAUCCGUCAAACCGCCUGAAUACCCGUCUGCCAAUAUCUUCGAACAACUUGACGAUACAUUCGCUGCCUUUGGUGAGCGCAUGUUCAAUCUGAUAUCUGAUGAUCAGAGUAGUGCUUGGAAUUGGGGCCGUACGGUGCCAUAA